AAAUAUCCUCUAUGUAUAUUGUGCUUGAGGACAAAGGACUUUAUCUGUAUGUCGACAGGGAUUGACACAGCCAAUCGGUCCACUGCGGGCCCGUUAUCCUAUGAAAGCCACAUUCAGUUCGACCGUAAUUUCAUUCGAGCGUACGAUAAUGACGCAGCUAUAUAAAUUAGUUGUCAUCGGUUUCAAGUUUACACAGUGACUAUAAUUAUUGAUCGCGCCGUAAUCACAUUCAUUACUACCAUUAAGGAAUAUUUAUCGACAGGUAAACUACAGAUUAUACAAGAUGAUGUAUAUAACCAAACCAGCGGCGUAUUAUGCCGCCGCAGUGAUACUACUGGUUUUGUCAUGUGAUGGAUGUUAUACUAAUUACAACAACUGCCAACAACAGUAUGUUACUGCAACAGGUAGCAGUAAUCCACCAUUGACGCAACAGCAGAUCUGUGGAGCAGCGACAACGGCCACGAUCUGUUUAGAUACUGACGCAGCUGACUGUCCUCUAGGAACUGCUGUACCCCCAGAAUUUACCCAGAUUAAAACGACAAUAAACACCACAGUUAUGGGUUGUGGAAUAUCAAACAGCUGUUUUCAGAAAGUUUUAGAGUGUGCAAACUAUUCAACCGAGCUUGCAAAUGAUAUACUUAACAUAAAUUUCACAGAUGUGUCUACUCUACAAAGUAUUUCUUCAACAAUGUGCCCUGCAUUUGGUAAGAUUACAGGAUGCUACAGUGAACUAACACUUACAUGUACCAAUCCAGCUUUCGCGAAUGCAACAUCUAGCUUAGAUGAUGUUAGACCCUUGAUUGCACAACUUUGUGGAAACGAUACAGGCAUGCAAGGUGGUUGUCUACAGAAAUCUAUGGAGUGUAGUACCAUUUCACGUAAUAUAUUUUCCGUCGAUUUUACCGAUAUGUCAGCAAUACAAAACUUAGCGCCCAUGAUUUGCUCUACAAUGCCGAACUUAACUACAUGUUAUAAUCAGUUAACACAAGAGUGUCCAACUUUUAUACCCGCGAACGCUACAUCACCCUUAGAUGCUCUCAAACCAAUGAUUGACCAAAUGUGUGGAGCAGGAGGAAACUGUAUGGGAUGUGUCACGCCGUUUAUGGCUGCUGGCUGUCAAAAUACCUCCCAGGACGAUUAUGAGAGUACAUAUAGAUGUUGUGGUGUUUCCCUUGAGAUGUCUAAUUGCUUUAAAAGAAAUCAGUGCACGCAGGUGCCAGUGUUCGGGGAUACCCAACAAUUUGAACUUGCUUUGGAGAUGCAAUGUUCUGGAUACCAAGAGUAUUGCCCUGGCCUCAGUGCUUGUUUAAGCCCUUUCGGUGCAAACCGAGAUUUAAUCACAGUCUGCUCCCAAAUCGACAGUUUUAUGACGUGUGUGAAUACAGCUUGUAAAGAUAAACCAAAAGUUGGAGAUCUGACACUUACGCAAAUUAUGCCUCUAUAUCAACAAAUAUGCACUGGUUUGAGUGCCUACCCAGCCAUAGGUACCUGUCCGACAUUUGGUACGUGUACACGGAAUGGCGUCUCUGCUUUAAUACCCGAACCAGUAACACUCAAGUCAAUCUCUGCUGUUGGCAACCCUGAACACUGGUGCAAAAUGGCUAAAGGUAUAUCUAACUGUGUAUCUGCUGCACCUACACCUUGUAAGCUAGGAGGGAAUAGCGUUGCAGAUGCAGCCUCUAUAAAGACAACGACUGAUACAAUUUGUAAUGGCGUUAGAAAUCCAUGCCCAGGAGUAGCAGCAUGUUUGUCCACGUUGGGAUCAGACCGGUCCGUGAUCCAAUCAUGUCCUAAUAUUCCGGCCUUUGUAACAUGCGUUACUGCAGCUUUAGACACCUGUGGCGAAUCCAGUAAAGUGAAAGCCAGUUAUAGUUUAACUGAUAUUCAAACUCUGUUUACCCAAUCUUGUACAGUGUUUCCAAAUUUUGCGGGCUGCCAGCAAACAUCAAUCUGUAUGGAGAUUAACCUACCCUCGGGUAUUGCCGAGGUCACGGACAAAAUCUCCGACCAAACAUACUGGUGCAACUCACUUAAAUUAAUACUGAAAUGCACGACAGCAUUUAGUCAAACCUGUAACCAAACAGCUACUGUGACCCAAACUCUAACCAAUUUGCUCAACCAGGUUAAAGUUCACUGUCCAGAUCAAGGUGGUUUUGAAGAAACAACAACAGUUGUAACCACUGAAGGAAAUAAUACAGCCAUUUCAGAGGAGUCCAGUGUAAUGUUAGUACUGGUGGCAUCAUUUGUUAUCAGACUUUAUUAAAAUAACAAGAACAGCAGAAGUCUGUCCAAAAUAUCUGUUUAUUUGCAGCUUUCGUAAAUUUAAUAAGUGUAGAAUAUGCUAGCCAGUAUGCUAGCUUGGAUGAAAAUGAUAGCGAAAAUUAUUACAGCUGUAAUUUUUAAAUAAUCUUUUUUAAUAUAAGUGCUCUUGGUUGUGUAUAUAUUUAACCACAGUUUUCGAAUUCUGGAGCUUUAUAUACCAGUAUUUAUUUUAUUGUAUAUCAUCUAUAUUUUGUGUAUACGUGUAUAUCUAUAGUGUGUAUAUUAUACUACAAUACUUGUUAUAAUCUUGAUUCUGUAAACAUAUACAAUCCACCAGAUCUAAAAAGAUAGGUUAUCAUGUUUAUCACUCUGUGAGAUGGAACAUUUUUAUGGCUCAAAUUUGGAAUUUUUACAAUAUUGAUAUUAUUACCUGUACUGCUUUAUUUUGUCUUUAACAUAUUUUUAUACCAUAGUUUAUUUCUUUUGUAUGCAUGUACAUGUGUUAAUGCUGUCGUACAUUGUCGUUACCCACGUCUGUCGGGCCAUCAAACUUCUGGACCAGUUCUAUGAAUGAUGAAUCGUCUCCAAAUUCAGCUUUGCAUACAUUUGUAUUGCUCAAAUUUGGAAUUCUUACAAUAUUGAUAUUACCAUUAAUGCUUUAUUUUGUCUUUAACAUAUUUUUAUACCAUGGUUUAUUUCUUUUGUAUGUACAUGUGUUAAUGCUGUCGUACAUUGUCGUUACCCACAUCUGUUGGGCCGUCAAACUUCUGGACCAGUUCUGUGGAUGAUGAAUCCUCUCCAAUUUCAGCUUCGCUUAUCAAUUGAUUUUAGAGUUAUUGCCUUUGUCAUCGAUCACAUGUAAUGAAAGUCAAUGUUUUCAAAACAUUAAAGUGACGACAACAGUCGAGCAACUAAGCUGCAGGGUGGGGUGCAUGUUUUGAUGUUCGACAACAUAUUUUUCUAAUAAAAUGAAUUCUACGAC